UUGCAGUCAAAGGAGAAACUCAGCCACUCCAUAUUAUGUUCUUAUUGAUUCUUCCCUCGUUUUGGUUGGAGAAGAUAAAAGAUUUGAUCUUGAGGGUUUAAACAUUGAUAACAAUACAUCCACCAACUUACAGCAACAGAGCAAGUGAACAAGUUGGGCCAUUCUAGGCCGGCAGCGUAGGUCAUUUUCUGGGUUAGGCUUUGGGUCGCUAAGAUUUUAAAACCCAAACCUCACCUUACUAUCAAUUUAUAUGUUUCAUUGAAUUUAACUGAGGCAGCAGCUGUUCCAAGUCCGGCCCAGAAAUAAACCUCUAAAACCACAGCAUCACGUUCACCCCCACUCCCGCGAGGAAGACAAAAAUGGAAGGGAAUGGGUUGGAAGGAGAUGGGUCAAACGGAGAAGCUUUGGGGAAGUGCUUGAGUGGCAUCGUGGACGAUGGCAGUACGGUGAGUCACCGAUACUACCUGUCACGGAGAACUGUUCUAGAGAUGCUGAGGGACAGAGGUUAUGCCGUACCCAUCUCUGAAAUCAACCUCUCCCUUCAAGAAUUUCGAGCCAUCUAUGGCCAAAGCCCUGAUUUUGAUCGUCUCAGACUCUCUGUUACUCAUAAAACUGACCCUUCGAAGCGGAUUCUGGUAGUUUUCUAUGGGCCUGGUAUGGUUAAAGUUAGUGGGAUUCGUCUCAUUGCUGGUCUAAUUACUAACAAAGAAAGUUUGACUGGGUUGAUAUUAGUCUUGCAAAACCACAUAACAAACCAAGCUUUAAAGGCUCUGGACCUUUUCUCAUUUAAAGUGGAGAUAUUCCAGAUCACUGACUUACUAGUUAAUAUUACGAAGCAUGUGUUAAAGCCCAAGCAUCAGGUAUUGACAGAACAAGAGAAACAAAAGCUCUUGCAGAAGUACAGUAUAGAAGAGAAACAGCUUCCUAGAUUGUUAAAGAAAGAUGCCAUUGCAAGAUAUUAUGGUUAUGAAAGGGGUCAGGUGGUCAAAGUUAUGUAUGAUGGUGAGAUCACCCAGUCACAUGUCACCUACCGAUGCGUUUGGUGAUGCCGUGAUGCGGUUUCCCUUUGUAUCUUCCUGUGGGAAGUUGCAGGCGUACUUGUUAAGUUUUUGCCCAUCCUUCUUUUGUGGUUGCUUCGUGUGACAUCUGUUUACUCUUUAUGAACACUGGUUGAGUCUACCAAGUCUUUCUAUCUUUAAUCAAGCAGCUGACGGUGCAAAAUGUAGAACUAAUGUUUUAGUUUUAGAAAAUAGGUUGUGACUCCUACUCAAGGUAAAACAAGAAUUGUGGGUGGAAUGGCUUCCAUCACCAUCCACAGAGAUAGAUGAGGGAAAAUUAGAGGUGGCAAACCGGCGGGUUCAGGUCAGUUAUUUUGGAUUCGGAUCACCUCGAGUUUGGAUCUUGAUGGAUUCAGGUCGUUUUCAAGUCCAGUUGUCUUGAGAAUAAAAGUGGUAAUUAAAUUUUGCAUUUGUAAAAUAUCAUUUUAUACAAAUUGGAUCGUUUUAAUUUUCAGUAUUAAGCUUGGAUUAUUAUGGAUUUAGAUUGAAUCAAUCUUGGGUUCAUGUUGUU